AUGAAGAAUUGGAGGGAUGCAGCCUGUCUUCUUUUUGCACUGAAAUCUGCACCAUCACAUUCAGCCAAACCUACCUUUGCAGAAAAUUUUAAAGUGUUAAUGCUAAGAAGAAAUGCUAAAAGUUCAUUCAUGCCAUCAAAACUAGUUUUUCCUGGCGGUGUUAUUAGUGAAGCUGAUUAUUCAUCCAACUGGGAAGCAUUAUACACUGGUGGUUUUGGUUUAAAAAUGCUAGAUUUAUUGAAUGACUUGGGAUUGUCUACCACCAAUACUUAUCCAUUAAUAAAAGACAACACUCAUUGGAAAAUGCAUCCCCAUAUUGCAUUCAGAAUUUGUGCAAUUAGAGAAACAUUUGAAGAAUCUGGUCUGUUGUUGGCUAUUAAAAAUGACAAAAACAUAAGGUCUGUUGACAGAAAGUUGUGCGAAAAUGUAAAAGACCAUUUGUUUUUUGAUAACAUUUCAAAUAUGACUGUUUGGCGAAAAAAAAUUCAUAACAAUCCAUCUGAAUUUUACAAUAUGUGUAAGUCAUAUAACAUCACACCAAACAUUUGGGCAUUACAUGAAUGGAGCAAUUGGCUCACUCCUGUUUUUAAAAGAAAAAGUAAACAGACAGCAAGAUUUGAUACAAUUUUUUACAUUUGUUGUUUGGAGGGCAAUGAUCUGCCUGAGGCUGCACCAGAUGACAAAGAAAUUAACAAAGCCCAUUGGUUGUCGCCUUCUGAAUUUUUAGAUUUAAACUUACUUGAAACAGAAGAAAAAUCACUUAUGGCUCCACCUCAAAUUUAUGAACUAUGCAAAAUGAAAGGAUUUAAACAUUUUGAUGCGCUAAAAAAUGCUUCUACUGCAAAUAAUCCACUUAAUAGUAAAGAACGACUGAUGCCUGUCUUUUCUAGAUGUAAAGGUGGAUACAAUUUGAUCCUACCAGGUGAUUACAUGUACCCAGAUAACAUAGAUGGCAACACUGUAGUGUUUGAUGAUGAAAGCAUGGCCGAAUGUCCACUUGAAAAAGAUUUCAAUUCAAUUGAUUAUGAUAAACCAUUGCAUAGGAUUGUUUAUAAAGAUGAAAGAUUGCAUGAUGGAUUGAUCAUUAAAAAUUUAAAAAAUCGUAAAUAA